AUGGACCUACCCCCACAACCACCGCCGACCACCGCAACCGUCAGAGCCCGUGGUUCUGAAAGCGAGAGACCUACUUGGCUCCAAUCUAAUAGAACGGGAAACCAACCGGCACCACCCUUAAGCAACGGUGUACUCAAUCGCCACCAACCCCCGCCACCACUCCCGAUAUGUUACGGAAAAUGCCUCAAGAAUUACGCUGCCAGCAAUGGUGGCCAGAUUCUGGACGGAUGUGGAGAGUUCAUGCUCUCACCCAACACCACAUCCCUAGAAUGCGCUGCAUGCGGCUGCCACCGCAGCUUCCACCGCAUCGAAGCCGAUCCUUUACACCAACCCAUGCCUCCAGUCAUCGAGUGCCAAUGCAACCACCAACACCAACACCAACAACACCAUCACCGCCUGCCAACACCACCAUCUUCCCGUCUCGCGACCAUAACAAAGAGCAGCAGCACUCAGGAAACCCAAUCUCCCUCACCAAUUUCAUCAUCCUACUACCCAGCACCACCACAUAUGUUCCUAACCCUUAAUCCAGGCUUACCACCAGCAGAACCAGCCAACAUCAACCGCCCGUCGAUACUCACCCAUGCUGUGGCUAGCGGGUCAAACCCAAAGGGAAAAAAACGAUUCAGGACAAAAUUUUCAGAAUAUCAGAAGGAAAAGAUGCAGGAAUUUGCGGAAAGAAUCGGAUGGAAGAUGCUGAAGACAGAAGAAGAGAUGAUCGUCGGAUUUUGCAAGCACAUUGGGAUUACUAAAAGCGUUUUCAAGGUUUGGAUGCACAACCACAAAAACAUUAAUGGCAACCCAGGAAACAGAAGAAACAACGACCAGAACCACCGCGACCACAUUGGCACUGCUAUCGGCGCUAAUGGAUCGUCUUCCUCCUCUUAA